GAAAUGAGAUAUUAUAAACGACACUGGCUGUUAAAAUGGCCAUUGUUUUUCUGUGCAUUCUCCUCCUGGGAUCUAAUUUCUUGCCAGAUUCGCUAUUCAAUUCCUGAAGAGCAGCAACUGGGCGCCUUUGUUGGGAAUAUCGCUGGGGAUUUGGAUUUAAAUGCGAAGGAGCUGUCAGCUCGCAGUUUUCGGAUUGUGCCCGGCCUCAGGAAGCAGUAUUUCGAGCUAAAUUUGAACAUAGGUAAUUUAUUUGUGAAAGAACGUAUAGAUCGAGAAGAGCUGUGUGGGUCGAGCGCGACGUGCGUGAUGUCUUUAGAAACAGUGAUCGAAAACCCGUUCAGCCUUUACGAUGUUGAAGUGGAGAUACUCGAUACAAAUGAUAAUGCACCCACUUUCCCAAAAGCGCAAUUCCGUCUUGAAAUCUCCGAACGGGCCUCACCAGGGACUCGCUACGCCCUUCAGCGCGCCCACGACCCAGACGUGGGAUCCAAUUCCCUGCAAUCGUAUCAACUAGAUGCAAACGAGUACUUCGCUUUAAGUGUUGGGAGCCGGAAUGCGAAUGAAGAAAUGCCUGUGUUAGCUUUAAGAAGGUCGCUGGAUAGGGAAACAACACCCAGUCACAGGUUAGUGCUGAUUGCGAAAGACGGAGGGGUCCCGGCACGAUCCGGCACUGCCCUGAUAAUAAUCAGUGUACAAGAUGCUAACGACAACAGGCCUGUGUUCUCCCAGUCUGUUUACAAUGUUAACCUAUUAGAAAACGUACCCAAAGGAACAUUGGUCAUAAAGUUAAAUGCCACCGACUUAGAUGAAGGUGCUAAUGGUGAGGUUCUGUACUCUUUCAGUAACCAUGCCUCCGGUAGAGUCCGUGAGCUGUUUGGUUUGGAUUCUAAAACUGGUGAAAUCAGCGUCAGGGGAGAAUUAAACAAUGAAGAGAAGAGUGUUUUCGAGAUAAAUGUACAAGCAAUGGACAAGGGGCAAUCUGAAGCUCCUGCUUACUGCCAUGUGUUUGUCCAUGUUGUGGAUUUAAAUGAUAACGCCCCUGUGGUUGCUGUUCCUACGUUGUUCAGUCCAGUUCCAGAGGACUCGGUGCCCGGGACAGUUGUAGCUCUAAUCAGUGCGACAGAUAAAGAUUCAGGAGAAAAUGGACGGGUAGAAUGUCAGGUCACGGGAAACCUUCCAUUUCAACUGGAUUCAUCCUCCAAGAAAUACUUAACUUUGCGUACAGAACAGGUACUUGAUCGUGAAACUGUCUCCAGGUACGAUGUCACUGUUCUCUGCAGCGAUUCAGGGUCCCCGCGUCUCACCUCCAAGAAAGCCAUCCUGGUGGAAGUUUCGGAUAUAAAUGAUAACGCACCACGUUUUACGCAGCCUUUAUAUACAGCUUAUGUGACGGAGAACAAUGUUAUUGGGGCGUCUAUAUUUUCAGUCACAGCUUUUGAUCCGGAUUUAAAUCAGAACUCUCGAUUAAACUAUUCUAUCAAACCGACACAGGUGCAGGAUGAGCCAGUAUUUAAUUACGUCCAUAUCGAAUCAGAAAAGGGAACUAUAUUUUCCCAAAAGUCUUUUGACUACGAGAGACUUAAAAAUUUUCAAUUUGAAAUUCAAGUUAUGGACCAUGGAGUCCCAGCACUCUCCAGCAGCGUCUCUGUAGAGGUGGUUAUCCUCGAUCAGAAUGACAAUGCUCCUGUGAUUGUACAUCCAUUGCCCGAGUAUGGAUCCGCAGUAACAGAGACUGUAUCUCGAUUCGCAAAACCAGGCUAUCUAGUUGCCAAGGUGUCGGCCACAGAUGCCGACUCUGGUCAGAACGCACACCUCUCUUACCAGAUUCUCCAGACUACUGACCCGGGACUUUUUACCAUUUCCCCUGAUACAGGUGAAAUAUGGACCACCCGCAACAUUAUGAGCCAAGAUGGCACAAAUCAAAGGUUAAUUAUUGGUGCAAAAGACAAUGGUUCACCGCCGCUUUCAGCUACAAUGACAAUCAUCUUAUUACUGACAGACGACGGUACGGAAAUGAUUUCUGAAAUUGACAGUUUGUCUGAAGAUCCUGGUCCCGUUGGUGACAUCAGCAUUUUCUUAGUUAUAUCGUUAGGAAUAACCUCAGCAAUUUUCCUCGUCAUUUUAAUUAUCCUCGCCCUGAAGCUCCAUAAAAGCAGAAACUUGUAUGGUGCACAGAAGUGCGGAAGCACUUGUUGUUGCCUCGAAGCACGAAACUCCGUGAACGGAAUUCAAAAAGCUAGCAGGAAUCUUGAAAUGUUUCCGAACUAUGUCGAAGUAUUCGGGGGGGAUCCACUUUCCCAAAGCUUCCGCUAUGACACGUGUUCAUUGUCAGGUACAGCCAAGAGAGACGCUAUGUUCCCGAACAUAUACCGGUCAUCCAGCUGCAAGAAAAAGAUCAUGAGCGGGAAUGAAGAAGUGCUACGGAAUGUCAACUACAAGAACACUAUGAACAUUGAGGUGAGGUGCUCCUGA